UUGUGCAAAAUUGACGUGUUUUUUUUAAUAAAAAAAAAUUAAAAAGUUAAAAACUAAUGGAAAUUGAGCAAACGAACGAAGAAGAAUCUCCCGUUUCAGAGCAGCAACCAUCCAGUGAAGAGUCACCAAUAGUUGAACCGUCUCAGGAGUCUUUAGUUUCAUUCGAGGAGCCAUUCUUUGAGGAAGAUGAUGAUCCACCAGAUGAAGGCAACGUCGUACAUUUGUGUCCUUAUCGAGCGUUUUGCUCCCAGUCAACGAUCGUGGAUGAGUCGGAAGAGUUUCCCGAACCGGUCGAUCCGGAACAGCGACUGGUCGACGUUGAGGAACCGGAACGAAAACGAAGCUUUGAGCAGUUCUACUUAGCGGAAUGUCACAAGUACGGUGUCACACCGCUUAACUACAUGCGAAAGAUUUUCGAACAGGUGGACCAGAAUGCGGUAGAAUCCGUAGAAAUCGAUCUGAAUCGCUUUGGAUGCAGCAAUCUACAAGUCCAAAUAAUCCUGGAUUGCCUAGCCCAAGCCUGUCCAGAUCGACUGCACCGAAUCGUCUUGGACGACAACCAACUGAUGAACGUUCCGCUGGCCGUCAGUUUGGCGAAUCUCCUGCAGGAAACACAGAAGAUCUGCGUGUUGAGUUUGGUUCACUGUCACCUGAAUGACGAUGAAGUUGUGUUUACUUUGGCGGAAGCACUACCGACAUCUAGCGUACAGUGGCUGAACCUGUCUCGCUGUCAGUUGAGUGACCGGGCAGGGGUUGCUUUGUUUCGAGCGCUGACACUUUCCGACUGUAUUCGGACCGUCGAUGUCAGCUGGAACCGAUUGGAACAUUCCAGUGGAGUUGCGGCUGGUCGGUUCCUGGCGGAGAACACGGCCGUUCUAGAGCUAAAUCUGGAGGGGAACCAUCUGUAUUUGGAAAACGAGUGCAUUGUUCCUUUUUUGGAGCAAUUGGCACAGAAUGUGACGUUGAAGAAGCUGAAUCUGGCAUGGAAUGCCUUGCGAGGAGUUCUGUUUGCUGAGAAGCUACGCAGGGCCAUUAUCAAAAGUGGGCUGGAAGUGAUAAACCUGGAAAUGAAUUAUUUGCGCUCGGUUGAAGCGGAAAACUUGCUGACUGUCUUCCGUAAGUGCGAGUUGUUGAAGGAAAUUUAUCUUGGUGGGAAUUUUUUCUCCGUGGAUGAGUUGAAAGAUCUGGUCAAGGCUUUUGGCGAAAAUCCGAACAUGAAGAUUCUGUCACUGGGAACGUAUCAAUUCGUGGACAAAGUAACUGGCCGGCUUUCGAAACGUUUUAUGAAACGUGAUCCAUCAAAGCUCAUAAUAUUCCAAGGGAUUCUGCUGGCAAACCCACCCCGUCCGGUGGACUUUCCGGAGAUGCUUCUGGACCGUUGUCGCUAUCUAGGUUUUAAGCCGAAAAAGAAAAAGCGCAAACGAGAUCUUGGUCAUCUGAUGUUACAGUUUCAACUCUUGGAGGAUCCGCUUCUGUCGAGAGAUGAUUUCAAACUGAACCUAAAGAAAUUUCGCCUAAAGCUGGACAAAAGCCUGCUGCAAACACUGAUGGAAACGUUUGCCGACCGGAAGCUAGUAGACACCGCUACAAUGGCUGCCAAAUAUUUGGAAAAGUAUCCCACGGAACCACCUCCGGAGAAAAAGAAAAAGGCCCGUAAAGGAAAGAAAGCGAAUGGGAAAAAAGCUAACAGAAAAAAGAAAUAAUUUUUUGCCAAUAAAAAGUUUGUUCGU